AUGGCGGCAGCCGGCAGGGCUCUUUCGAUGCUUUCGGUGGUGGAGGAUGUGCUUCAGCAGCACGGUGGCAGUGAUCGAAUCGGCGAUCUUGAUUUGGUUGAGUACAGAAAAGUUGAGCAAGCCGCAUCGAGAAGAAAUGAGGCGGCUGGGUGGCUGCGGAAGAUGAUUGGUGUCGUCGGGGCUAAAGAUUUGCCGGCAGAGCCUUCUGAGGAAGAGUUCAGGCUUGGAUUGAGAAGUGGGAUUAUACUCUGCAAUGUUAUCAACAAGGUUCAACCUGGAGCUGUGCCCAAGGUGGUGGAAAGUUCAGCUUCGAUCCCUGAUGGAGCAUAUACGGCGUUCCAAUACUUUGAGAAUCUGAGGAACUUUUGCGUUGCUAUUGAGGAGAUGGGGCUGCCUACAUUUGAGGCAUCUGAUCUUGAACAAGGAGGAAAAUCUGCAAGGGUUGUAACUACAGUUCUGGCGCUCAAAUCCUACAGUGAGUGGAAAAACAGUGGAGGAAAUGGGACAUGGAAAUUUGGUGCAAAUGUAAAACCGACCACAUCAGUCAAGUCUUUUGUGAGAAAAAAUUCGGAGCCAUUUAUGAAUUCUUCAUCAAGGACCUCAUCACUGAAUGAAAAAUCUUUGAACUCUUUCACCUCUGAUCUUGAUUCUAAUAAAAUGACUAGUUCACGCUCCUUGAGUAUGCUAAUCCGCACAGUUCUGUUAGAUAAGAAGCCUGAAGAUGUUCCAAUGUUGGUAGAGUCUGUCCUAAACAAGGUUGUGGAGCAAUUUGAGAAAAGCAUUUCCAGCCAAUAUGAAUCGACAAAUACAAGUCCAAAAGAUGCAGCUGUUUCUCAUGGCAACCAACCUCCAAUGAAAUUCGCUUAUGGCGAUAAAAGGAUAGCAGACAAUCGCAAAGUAGUAAAGAAUGAGGUAUCCUUCAAUAAAAGUUACAUAUCCGAUGAGGAGCUGAAAAGUCGGCUGCUUAAACAGCAAAUGAUCUUUGAUCAACAACAAAGAGAUGUUCAGGAACUAAAGCAAACCCUUCACAUUACAAAAUCUGGUAUUCAGUUUAUGAAAAUGAAGUUUCAUGAGGAGUUCCAGAAUAUUGGUUUGCACAUUCAUGGCCUAGCUCAUGCUGCAAGUGGAUAUCACAAAGUUCUUGAAGAAAACCGAAAGCUCUACAAUCAAGUUCAAGACCUCAAAGGAAGUAUCAGGGUUUAUUGUCGAGUGAGACCCUUUUUAUCUGGACAGUCAAAUAGUUCGAGCUGUGUGGAUCAUAUGGAAGAUGGAAAUAUCACUGUUAACACCCCCUCAAGGCAUGGGAAAGGACAAAGAACCUUUAGCUUCAACAAAGUCUUUGGGCCAUCUGCAACCCAAGCUGACGUCUUUUCUGAUAUGCAACCACUGAUUCGUUCUGUCCUUGAUGGUUACAACGUCUGCAUAUUUGCAUAUGGUCAAACAGGAUCAGGGAAAACUUUCACGAUGACUGGACCCAGAGAGCUUACAGAGAAAAGCCAAGGUGUAAAUUAUAGGGCUUUGGGAGACUUGUUUCUCAUAGCAGAUCAAAGAAAGGACACUUUCCACUAUGAUGUUUCUGUUCAGAUGAUUGAAAUUUACAACGAGCAAGUCCGGGAUCUCCUUGUUACUGAUGGAGCUAACAAAAGAUUAGAGAUUCGCAAUAGUUCUCAGACAGGUUACAGUGUGCCAGAUGCAAAUGUUAUUCGUGUGUCCUCAACAUCUGAUGUUAUUGAUCUGAUGAACCUUGGACACAGGAACCGGGUUGUUGGUGCAACUGCUCUAAACGAUCGAAGUAGUCGCUCUCACAGCUGCUUGACUGUUCACGUUCAAGGACGGGAUUUGACUACUGGAUCUAUUCUUCGUGGCUGUAUGCACCUGGUUGAUCUAGCAGGAAGUGAGAGGGUAGACAAAUCUGAGGUAACUGGGGAUAGAUUGAAGGAAGCACAGCAUAUUAAUAGAUCUCUCUCAGCUUUGGGUGAUGUGAUUGCUUCCCUUGCACAAAAGAAUUCUCAUGUUCCUUAUAGGAAUAGCAAACUAACACAGUUGCUCCAAGAUUCACUUGGUGGACAGGCCAAGACACUUAUGUUUGUUCACAUAAGCCCUGAGCCAGAUGCUAUUGGUGAAACCGUAAGUACACUUAAGUUUGCUGAACGAGUAGCCACAGUUGAGCUUGGUGCUGCCAAAGUAAACAAGGAUGGUGCAGAUGUGAAAGCUCUCAAAGAACAGAUUGCCUGUCUUAGGGAAGCACUGGCCAAGAAAGAAGAGGAAGCCGAGCAACAACGGAGAAACUACUCGACGUCGUUUCGCGAGGAAAGGGACACCUUUGGACCCAUUCUCGUCCCCUCAGACAAACUAUGGGGAGCUCAGACUCAGCGAUCGCUGCAGAACUUCGAUAUCGGCGGCGAGCGCGAACGCAUGCCGGAGCCUAUCAUUCGCGCCUUCGGCGUCCUCAAGAAAUGUGCUGCCAAGGUGAACAUGGAGUAUGGGCUUGACCAGUCUAUAGGGAAAGCUAUAAUGCAGGCUGCACAAGAAGUGGCCGAGGGGAAGCUGAAUCAGCAUUUUCCACUUGUUGUGUGGCAAACUGGGAGCGGAACACAAAGCAACAUGAAUGCCAAUGAGGUGAUUGCAAACAGAGCGGCUGAAAUACUUGGCCAUAAGCGUGGCGAUAAGUUUGUGCACCCGAAUGACCAUGUUAAUAGAUCACAGUCGUCAAAUGACACUUUCCCAACUGUCAUGCACAUUGCCAGUGCAAUGGAAAUAAACUCAAGACUGAUACCAAAUUUGAAAGCUUUGCAUUCUUCUCUACAUUCAAAGUCAGAUGAAUUCAAAGAUAUUGUUAAAAUCGGACGUACUCACACGCAAGAUGCAACACCUUUGACUCUUGGGCAAGAGUUUAGCGGUUACUCUACACAAGUCAAGUAUGGAAUCGAGCGAGUCUUGUGCACUCUACCCCGCAUGUAUCAGCUUGCACAGGGUGGUACUGCUGUUGGGACUGGAUUGAAUACAAAGAAGGGAUUUGAUGUGAAGAUAGCUGCAGCAGUAGCUGAUGAAACAAACUUACCAUUUGUCACUGCAGAAAACAAGUUUGAAGCUUUGGCUGCACAUGACGCUUUUGUGGAAACUAGCGGAGCCUUGAAUACAGUUGCUACUUCUCUGAUGAAAAUAGCAAAUGACAUACGUUUAUUAGGAAGUGGUCCGCGAUGUGGCCUUGGUGAACUCAUCCUUCCUGAAAAUGAGCCUGGAAGCAGCAUUAUGCCGGGGAAGGUUAACCCAACCCAGUGUGAGGCUAUCACAAUGGUUUGUGCUCAGGUUAUGGGUAACAAUGUGGCCAUUACAGUAGGUGGAUCUAAUGGUCAUUUUGAACUAAAUGUAUUCAAGCCAAUGAUUGCUAGUGCUCUCCUACAUUCUGUUAGAUUGCUUGGUGAUGCAUCUGCUUCCUUUGAAAAGAACUGUGUUAGAGGAAUUGAAGCCAAUAGGGAAAGAAUCUCAAAGUUACUUCAUGAGUCACUGAUGUUGGUCACAUCCUUGAAUCCUAAAAUUGGUUAUGACAAUGCUGCGGCAGUUGCGAAGAAAGCCCACAAGGAGGGCUCUACUUUGAAGGAAGCUGCAUUGAAACUUGGGGUGCUAACGAGUGAAGAGUUUGAUACUCUUGUGGUGCCCGAGAAGAUGAUUGGCCCGACCGACUGACCGACUGACUGACAGUUUCUCAGGAUCAAGCCUUUAUGUUUCAUCUUUGCUUUUCCUCUCUCCAGAUGAAAUAAGGAUUCAAGUUUGAUAUGAUUCAUAUUGAUUACAAACUAUAUUCUUGAGGAUUUCCCCACAGUUGAAUUGGGUCUCAGGGAAAUGCCUCCAAAUUUUGUAACAAUACAGGUACUCGGAAUAAAAUAGAGGAAGGUUACUUUACCGUAUUGAACAGAAACAUGUGAUGAACCCAUUUCUCAUUUGUAUCAACACAGUGAAUAGAAGAUCAGGUAUCUACCAUCUUUUUCAAUCUUCUAUUCUCCUAAUAUUGAA